AUGGCGGAGCUGUGCAACACGGCUUUACUAAUAGUUUUCAUUGAUUAUGCGUUUUUUAAGAAAAUCCGACGAAUGGAAACAGCAGCUGGCAAUCUGUACAAGGAGAGACUAGUUCGCGGUUUCUGCCAUCUGUAUGCAGGACAGCGCGAAGCUGUUGAUGUUACUAGUGGUGCAGUUGCUAGACGACGCACCGGUAAUGUGCAUGGAAAAGGGGGUUCGAUGCAUAUGUACAAUAAAAAUUUCUUCGGCGGUAACGGAAUUGUCGGCGCGCAACAGGCAAUUGGUGCUGGCUUAGCGUUCGCUCAAAAGUAUAAUAAAAAGAAGAACGUCUCCUUCACCUUAUUCGGCGACGGUGCCGCAAAUCAAGGGCAACUUUAUGAAGGUUGUUAUUUUUAA